AUGUCCGCACGAAAUAUCGCAGCAGGGCAUGCCCUACCCCCCAACCCAGAAUGGCUGGAUUUUGACCGGACAGACGGCAACGAAAGCCAGUUGCCGACGAAUACGCAGGAGGUAGUGGAUAGCGAUGGGCAAGUGAACUACAUGAAACCUGUCCUCAUGGGAGAUGGCCCCAACAUCCACUGGAGAACCCAGGUUGCGUCGAAGGUCGCGGAGAAAAUGGGAUUGCCUACUGGUAAAAACUACGUUUUGAGGAAUUGGCCAGCAGGCUAUGCAAUGUUUGACCAUCAUAAGGGCAAGAAAAGUGCUCCUCGGCAUGACUUGUAUCUCUUUGGUUCGCGGACACGCUUCCGAUCCAUUCCCGAAUUUGUCCCUCAUGCGCUAUGGCUCAUGACCGACCCCUUUCUCGAUCGAGCUAACUGUGAAUGCAAAUACUGUGCAAAACAGCCUCAGCGAGUCAUCAGUGAAAAUCUAGGCUUCAGAGCUCCUCGCCCGUCAUCACCCUCAGCGGCGACCGCAACAGCAUCCCGUCGUUCAGUCAGGGAGCAACGUCCACGCGCGCCGCGCGAAUAUCAGAAACCGUAUACAGCCGUCCGUCGGAUACCGAAGCCUAUCAAACCAACUGGGCCCACUCAGGUGAUUGUGCACGAGCGGCACAACGACCUCCAGGCCCUAUCCGAAGAGUUGGAUAUGGGAUAUCGUAAAUGGUUUAGGGAAGGAGAGGUCAUUUGGUGUGCGCUCGACCCUCCCAUCCAGGGACCUGAGGUGACCAUCACGUUCUGGCCGGGAAUAGUGGAGGAGUCGACUAUCAAGUCGGAGAUUAUUCCUCGUGCUGGGUCGCCUGUGACGAACCCUACCGACAUUGAUGCGGAUCCGGACGCGGAGGCCGACGCAGAUCCGGACUUCGUUAUGGCGAACGGCACACCGCAUUCGUCUCUCAUACAAGAAUCAGAGAGGCUCCCUCCGUGGACAGUCCGUCAAAGGAGCCUGUACAAGGUCAAGCUACUUGGCAUCCUGCACCAUUACGUCGUCCGAGAAGAAGACGCCCUUCCGUACCAGGCUUACGCACCCUCAGCGCAGCUGAUCUCGGCCAUGCAGGAUGUCCCCAUAGAAAGAUUGACUCUUAACGAGGAGAAGAUCGCUGCAUUUAAUCCUUGCCCCAUGCCUGCGCAGGACACAAAUGUCGACAUUCAAUCAUCCAUAGCCCAAUUCGAGGAGGCGGCAGCACCUUACUCAAUUGCUGUGGAAAUCGCUGCCGGCAUUGCGAGCUUUUGGAAUCCAACGGACGAGUGGGAUUAUAAGAUGACCAUUCCGCCACCAUCUCCUCCACGGCCACCCUCGGGCGCUACGUUGCACUCCCUUCUGACUAGCGCAACACUGGGCGGCGGCGCCUCUGGAUCUUCGGUGCCUGGCACCCUACCAGCGAGCGAGCAGAUGCUCAGUUCUCGCAUGAUGAGUCAAGCUCCUCCAGCUUCGACGUUCACUCAGACGCGAUUCCAAGGUCUCUGGUGGGGCGUUGAGCGCAUCUGGGUCGAUGAACUCGUGCGACUCAAAGCCGCACGCCGACAGGUUGCCCCAACUGGCGCACCUAACAUCUAUCCUGCCUCAGGUCCCUCUCAGGAGACCCUCAAAGAAAUGAUAGAAGAGCUAGGACAAGUGGAAGGCAGCGCUGCCCACGCUCAGAUGGGAGCGAUGGAUCGUGGGCUGUUCAUGAAAAUCGAGGGCAUCUUUACGGUGGACGUCCCAAAAGAGGAUGGACCGGGAGCGAAGAAAGAGUGCAGAGUGUGCGGGAUGCUAUAUGAACUCGCAGAUGAGAAAUGGGAGGAGACGGACGCGACGCCCGUCCCAGAAGUAAAUGGGAAGGCAUCCUCCUCCGCUCUGCCUCCCCCUCAGGUUCCACCACUAUCACUUUCCCGCCUUGCCUCGUCGGAGUCUGCGAAUGCUGCGCUCUCCGGGCCUGGCGGCGCAUCGGCAGAAUACGCCCUCCCGAAGCCGCCGCACGGCUUCAAGUUCCGGCCCAUCCUCCACCCUGGCCACGAGGUCGUCAUCUCCGUCACGCUCAUCUCCGGGCGGUACUACCCCGGCCUGAUCGCUCACCCGCUCCUGCGCCCACUUGCGCGUGACCUGCAGCGCAACGCGCGCGAGCAGUACUCUGAGGAAACGACGAACCUACUCUCGCUUGAGGGCCUGUGUCCCGGGUUCUAUAACGCGGUGGACCCGACGCGAUGGAAAGCGAGUCGGAUCGCGAUGGUGAAGGAGGCGGACCGCGAGAACAAAGCUGCGAUCUGGAGGAAUUGGGAUAUGAAGCUGAGGGAGAAGGAUGCGAAAAUCAAGGGGGAGGGGGUGGGUGAUUUGGACGUAGAAAUGAGUAAUCAGCCGCUGGGGGCGUCGGCCACGGCUGCAGGCUCUGCUGCAGAGGCGGGACCGUCGACGGACCCAGGGCCAUCGACUUUUGUGAGCGCCGGCGCUGUCGCCGUCGCCUAAUCCAUGUACGAUGGUUGUCAGUGCAAGUUUGUCUUUUUAGAUCAUCCACUCUAUUGUAUUCUAAUUCGAGUUUUGACGUCGAUAUCAAGUUCUUGGUCCUAUGUGGUUCUCUGCGUAAUCUUUAUCUUGGCCCAUGGUGA